UCCCUCUUUCGCCGAGGUUUUCUCUCCACCGCCCGGCGAGAGGCUAGCCCGGCUCCGCAUCCCAGCCCCCUCCUCGCCCGUCGCACCUGCCCCGCCUCCCGGACCUGGGCCGGCUCGUGCGGCGCAGGCGCAGCAACGCGGCCGCGAGGCCGAGGGCGACCAAGGCAACCACGGCCUCCACCUUCUCUGACAGUAUCCGCGCUGGGCAGUGACCCCGCGGGCCGCGCGUCGUAAUGGGCUCGGGCUGGAGCAGCGAGGAGGAGCGGCAACCGCUGCUGGGACCCGGGCUCGGGCCUGCGCCGGGGGCUGCUUGGAGAAGCAGGGGGGAGGCGGCGGCGGCGGCGGCGGCGGCGCUGCCCGCGGCAGCCCCGAGUCCCGGGAGGGUGUACGGGCGCCGCUGGCUCGUGCUGCUGCUCUUUUCGCUGCUGGGGUUCGUGCAGGGCCUGGUCUGGAACACCUGGGGCCCCAUCCAGAACUCGGCGCGCCAGGCCUACGGCUUCUCUAGCUGGGACAUCGCGCUCCUCGUGCUCUGGGGGCCCAUCGGCUUCAUGCCCUGCUUCGCGUUCAUGUGGCUCCUGGACAAGAGAGGUCUUCGGAUAACUGUGCUUCUGACAUCUUUCCUUAUGGUUUUGGGAACUGGUCUAAGAUGCAUACCUAUAUCAGACUUAGUGCUUAAAAGAAGACUAAUCCAUGCAGGACAGCUGUUAAAUGGAUUGGCAGGUCCGACUGUAAUGAACGCAGCUCCAUUCCUCUCCACAACGUGGUUCUCUGCAGACGAGCGGGCCACUGCCACAGCUAUUGCAUCAAUGCUCAGUUAUCUUGGGGGAGCAUGUGCAUUUUUAGUUGGACCACUUGUUGUUCCAGCUCCCAAUGGGACGGCGCCUCUUCUUGCUUCAGAGAAUAGCAGGGCCCACAUUAAAGAUCGCAUAGAGACUGUAUUAUAUGCAGAGUUUGGAGUUGUCUGCUUACUAUUUUCUGCAACUCUAGCUUAUUUCCCACCACGACCUCCUCUUCCUCCCAGUGUUGCUGCAGCUAGCCAGCGGCUGAGUUAUCGGCGGAGCUUUUGUAGAUUAUUAAGCAAUUUGAGAUUUUUGAUGAUUGCUUUAGCAUAUGCCAUACCACUUGGUGUAUUUGCUGGCUGGUCUGGAGUUCUGGACUUAAUUUUAACACCAGUGCAUGUCAGCCAAGUAGAUGCUGGCUGGAUUGGAUUUUGGUCCAUAGUUGGAGGCUGUGUUGUUGGAAUAGCUAUGGCAAGGUUUGCAGAUUUUAUCAGGGGUAUGCUGAAACUAAUUCUUCUCCUCCUGUUUUCUGGGGCUACACUGUCAUCCACGUGGUUCACCCUGACCUGUUUGAACAGCAUCACACACCUGCCUUUAACCACAGUGACAUUGUAUGCCUCCUGUAUUCUCCUGGGAGUGUUCCUGAAUAGCAGUAUACCUAUAUUUUUUGAGCUUUUUGUGGAAACUGUCUACCCAGUUCCAGAAGGAAUUACUUGUGGAGUUGUCACUUUUUUAAGUAAUAUGUUCAUGGGAGUACUUUUGUUUUUUCUCACAUUUUAUCACACAGAGUUGUCUUGGUUCAACUGGUGCCUUCCCGGGUCGUGUUUGCUCAGUCUCCUCCUUAUUCUGUGCUUCAGGGAAUCCUAUGACAGACUCUAUCUUGAUGUGGUUGUCUCAGUUUAAUAGCACAGACUUGAAGGGGUGUUUAAAAAGAGACUGGAAAUCAAUACUGCAUACUGCACAUUUGCUUGGAAUUGCACAUCUAACAGGAAAAAAAAAGGAGAAGAGAGAAACUUCAUUCAGAGGUUUUGUUAGGUUACAGAUGAUCACAUUAAUUUAAUUACUGCUAGGUAAUAAUAAUGUGGAACUUGAGUGAUAAUAGUGUAUUUAAAAACUGUAUCAAUGGCAUACGUGUGCCUGAGUCUGGGGUUAGAAGUGUGAUGUCUUACACAGAAAGCACUACCUAGGUAAUUCCCUCUAUGUUUUGUGCCAGUGCUAAACUACUGAUUAAUUGUAACUAUGAAAAGAAUUAAAGGGUGUCUAUUACAUGAAGAUAACGCCUUCCCUAAGCCACAUAUCAGAAAAGGAAGAAAUGCCACUAACUUCUAAAGAAGUUUAAACCCUAUAUCAGAUUUUAAUUAUAAAAUAGCCAAGAGGUGUAUCAAUGAUAGAUAUUAGCCACCUGUACACUACAUUUUUUCCUAAUAAAGCCAUUUCUUAUAUGACUCCUUAUUUCCAAUUAGAUCGGAAACCUUUGGCCACCUUAAUUAUGGUGAUCAAGUGCUUUCCAGUGACCGCAGAGCACAUACUUUGUGUCUCGAUCUUAACUUAUCCUUGUUUCUGUGAAAUACAAUUUCAUCUGCUAGGCUCUUAAAUGAUUAUAUUAAAUGUGACUAAAUGUUUAAUACAGUCGCAUUAAAUGCUGUAUGAAAAAUGUAAUUUUGUUCCGAUUUAGCACUUUGUUAAAAGUGAAAUGACAGAUCCCAUAGAACAUCCUGUGUCUUCGGGCAGGUAUAUAUGUGGUGGCAUGGGAUGGAAAAUCCAGCACCAGCUGUUGCUUACCAAGGUUGCAUUUUAUUAAAUGACCCUUGUUUGAAAAUAACAAUUUAUAGCAUUGAAA